AAAACCUAGUUAAAGAAAGAACUCAUUCAUCCGGCAUCAUUUAAAGUCAAAUGCACUGCUGCCAUCUAACCAAUCUUAACACGUGUAAGUGAACUAAAAUUGAACCACAGCUGACAACACGUGUGUGCUUGAGAUGCCGAAUUAAACACACCGAGGCAUGUUUUUGGGAAGAAUAUUUUAAGUAUACACAUCUUUUAAUUUUGUAAUUUUACAAAGAUGAGUAAAAGGAAACUCGACGACGAGACCGACACCGCUCCGGCGGAUGUUGAGGUCAAAAGGGUUCUAUCUCGUUUUAAAUCGGACACUGGCGAAGUUCUGCCUGGUGGUCUGUUGGAUCUGCCAGUUGAUAUCACUGUGGAUAAAUUGCAAGCAAUUUGCAAUGCUCUACUGCAGCAAGAAGAAGAGCCGUUGCCUUUGGCAUUUUAUGUAAAUAAUGUAGAAGUGGCAGACGUAUUAGAGAAGUAUGUUGGCAAAGAUUUCAGUAUCAGCGAGGACGUAGUGGAGAUUAUAUAUCAGCCACAGGCAGUAUUUAAAGUCAGAGCUGUCACGAGAUGCACUGGAUCUUUAGAAGGUCAUAAGGAAGCAGUUAUAUCCGUUGCGUUUUCACCGGAUGGCAAACAUCUAGCCAGUGGUUCCGGUGACGCGACAGUCAGAUUAUGGGAUAUCUAUACGCAAACGCCACAUUAUACAUGUGAAGGUCAUAGACACUGGGUCUUGUGCAUUGCUUGGUCGUCCUGUGGAACCAAGCUAGCAUCUGCGUGUAAAAAUGGCUUGAUUUAUUUAUGGGAUCCCAACACUGGCAAACAAAUAGGCAAAGCCAUGACAGGACACAGAAUGUGGGUGACGUCUUUAUGCUGGGAACCCUACCAUAAGAAUCCAGAGUGCAUAUAUUUAGCGAGUUCGUCUAAGGACUGUGACGUACGAAUUUGGGACACAAAACGAACACAAACCUGUCGGGUUUUGUCUGGACACACAAAAAGUGUGACCUGCGUUAAGUGGGGUGGGAGCGGUCUUAUUUAUUCUGCCUCUCAAGACAGGACUAUCAAAGUGUGGAGAGCAGAGGACGGUAUAUUGUGUAGAACGUUAGAAGGCCACGCUCAUUGGGUAAACACUUUGGCCUUGAACGUCGAUUAUGUGCUUAGAACUGGCCCUUUUCACUUGGGAUUGACUGCAAACAAAACAGACAGUCCAUUAGAAUAUGCAAAAAAGCAGUAUGAAGCUGUAGGUGAAGAAAAGCUUGUGUCUGGAUCUGAUGAUUUUACAUUGUUCCUAUGGAAGCCAGAAAAAGAGAAGAAACCUAUCGCAAGAAUGACAGGCCAUCAGCAGCUUAUCAACGACGUUAAAUUCUCGCCGGAUGGUCGUUUAAUUGCGUCUGCAUCCUUCGAUAAGUCUAUUAAACUGUGGGAAUCUAAUACUGGCACGUAUAUCGCUUCACUAAGAGGUCACGUUCAAGCGAUUUAUUCGAUAGCUUGGAGCGCUGAUUCUCGUCUGCUGGUCAGCGGCAGCGCAGAUUCAACUUUAAAGGUUUGGAGUAUAAAAACUAAAAAAUUAAGUCAAGAUUUACCUGGUCACGCUGAUGAAGUUUAUGCAGUCGACUGGUCACCCGAUGGUCUACGAGUCGCUUCAGGUGGAAAAGACAAAGUUUUACGACUAUGGCAAAAUUGA